AUGCCGGACAAGGUUCUCGACGACAUUUCGCAUCGUCGUUAUAAUCCUUUGAGAGGGUCAUGGCUGCUCGUCUCACCUCACAGAACGAAGCGCCCUUGGCAGGGUGCACAAGAAGGUCCAGGUGUCAUUGACCUUCCUGAAUAUGACCCCAAGUGCUACUUAUGCCCUCGCAACUCCAGAGCCAGUGGAGAGCAAAACCCGGAUUACAAGGAGACCUUCGCGUUUGUCAACGAUUACAGCGCAGUAAAGGAGGAACAAGCAGAUUACGAUGCCGAGGCCUCGAGCGAUGAUCUGUCUUCACUCCUGCUGCGCGCUGAAGGCGUCAAGGGCAAGUGCUAUGUCCUAACCUUCUCGCCCAAGCACCACCUGACCUUACCCGACAUGACACCCGCCGAGACACUCCCUAUUAUAGACACCUGGACUCGAAUCUACGCCUCGCAUCUCUCUCCUAAAAACCCCUUGUCUCAAGUCGCUUCCAAGCUCGAUCUGCUUCAAAAAGCGGCGCCAUCUGAGAUUGCGCCUCCUCUGCCGAAGGAGCAACUCCGCUAUAUGCAGAUCUUCGAGAACAAGGGAGCGGCCAUGGGCUGUUCCAACCCACACCCACACUGCCAGAUCUGGACUACCAGCACCCUGCCCGAAGAGCCGGCCGCCGAGGUGGUACAGAUGACGAAGUACCGCGCCGAGCAUGGCGGGCGCCAUCUGCUACAGGACUACGUCAAGCUGGAGGUCGAGAAGAACGAGCGCGUCGUCUGGCAGAACGAAGCCUUCCUGGUCGUCUGCCCCUGGUGGGCGGUCUGGCCUUUCGAGGUCAUGAUCAUCGCCAAGCGCCACGCGCGAGCCUUGGUCGAUUUGACCGCCGACGAGCGGCUCAAGUUGGCCGAGGCCAUCCACGAGGUGACGAGACGUUAUGACAACCUCUUCGAGACCAGCUUCCCCUACAGCUCCGGUAUCCACCAGGCUCCGCUUGAGGGCACUGAUGAGGAGGUCGAGAACAGCUAUCUUCACAUGCACUUCUACCCGCCCCUGCUGAGAUCCGCGACUGUCAAGAAGUUCUUGGUUGGGUAUGAAUUGUUGGCAGAGCCACAGAGGGAUAUCACUCCCGAACAGGCAGCAGCCAGGCUGAGAGAUUCUGGUGGUGAGCUCUACAGAAAGAAGUUGUAG